GUGUAUGGUGGUGGUGGUAGAUAGAUUGGAUGCUAAAAGAUUAGAUAAUGAACCAAAGCUGUCGAUUCUCCUCCCCAUAAAAUUCACUCUCCUCAAAUCAUCUCUUGAACCCUUCCUUCUUCUUCUCAAGUUUCAUUCGGUUCGCUGCCGACGGAGUGACAUCUGGCAAUGUCGAGUAAGCUUAUCCAGCCACCGCCAAUGGCAGCUUCACGAGAAGCAAUCUCAAGAAGAACAGGAAACGCGAAGAUGUUGCUCCCUUUCAUCAAUCUAAAUGGCAAAACGCUGAGUUUUAGCGACAACCCAUUUCGUCUCCGGCCCAUGUGCAUCGGCAAAGUCACAGAACAGAGCUCUGCUUCCUCCCCAAACGAACAACAAGUUGAAGAAGAAGAAGAAGAAGAUAUUACAGUUUCCCAGAUUAAAGAAGAACUCUACGAAGCUCUCCAAGGGAUCAAUAGAGGAGUUUUCGGAGUUAAAUCGGAUAAAAAAGCAGAGAUCGAGGGUCUGGUGAAGCUAUUAGAGUGUCGGAAUCCGACGCCGGAGCCGACCGGAGAGUUAGACAAGAUCGGAGGUUGCUGGAAACUCAUUUACAGUACAAUCACCGUACUGGGUUCUAAACGAACUAAGUUGGGUCUUCGAGACUUCGUCUCUCUCGGAGAUCUUCUUCAAGAGAUCGACAUUGCUCAGGGCAAAACGGUCCAUGUAUUGAAAUUCGAUGUCCGUGGACUGAAUCUACACGACGGCGAGUUUAGAAUCGUCGCCAAUUUCAAGAUCAUUUCUAAAACGAGUGUUGAGAUUACUUAUGAAAGCUCAACGAUCAUGCCAGAUCAGUUGAUGAACAUUUUCAAGAAGAAUAUGAAUCUUCUGCUGGGAAUCUUUAACCCUGAGGGACUAUUUGAGAUCUCAUAUUUAGACGAAGAUUUACAAGUAGGGAGAGAUGGGAAAGGGAAUGUAUUUGUAUUGGAGAAAUCAGAGGAAUCCUAAAGUCUUUAUACAAGAAUGUCUACUUCGUUUUUUCCAAACUCAUUUCCAUUAGAAGUAAUUGCUUGUUUCUCAAGAAAGAAAUUCAAAGUUUUUAUGGUUAUGUUCUGUUGGGUACCAUGGAGACAUAUACAUCUCUUUCAUACUACUAUUUAGGGUAGGUAGAUCGCUUUGGCUCUUUUUAGUGAUUUUUGUCUUGAGAAAAUUUGUAACGAUGUAUCGACAUAAUUGAUAGCUCAAUAACACUAUACAAGUAAUUGGAUUAGUUUUA